GACUGAUCAUUUGGCUCUUGCCGGAAAUCGUUCCGCCCGGAGAGGUUUCGGCGUGAGACCCGAGGAGGGCGGGGAAGAGGCGUGACGGAGAUUCCUGAGGUGUAGCAGCCUGAGGUUCCCUUAUGUGGCCCUAUAGCUGUUACUGAAGGAAGUAGCCUACGUCCACGCCUACAACUGAAGUCUCUUGACAAACACCUCACCCCUGCCUCCGGGAUGAAAGGGGGUAACCUAGACCUGAAUGGGCUUGACCAUCUCACAACUGCUCGCGUGACGACCGCAUUCGUGGCAGGUAAGAAGAUUGCUGUAUCAACUCAAGAAAGCAGUAACCUCACUGUCUUUGUAUUUUGAAUUGCAACAACAACUUUGAUAUCAACAAUGAAGCAAUGAUAUCUAAGAACAAAAGAGUAUUUGCCAACAGUCAUCAUAAUAUCAAGUGAUUGUAUAAGCAGAAACAAGCUGUCACAGACCUGUGUGUCAGCUAAUAUAUGGAGAAUGCUUUCUUCUGAUACUAUUUACUUAGAGGCAGUUUUAAUAUAAAUCAUUUCAAUUAUAUCUACAUAAAAUAAAAUAAAAAUGAGUGAAGCCCCCAGAUUCUUCGUUGGACCAGAAGAUACAGAAAUAAAUCCUGGAAAUUAUCGACAUUUCUUCCACCAUGCAGAUGAAGACGAUGAGGAGGAAGAUGAUUCUCCACCAGAAAGGCAGAUUGUGGUUGGAAUAUGUUCCAUGGCAAAGAAAUCCAAAUCCAAACCAAUGAAGGAAAUUCUUGAACGGAUCUCCUUAUUUAAAUAUAUCACAGUAGUAGUAUUUGAAGAGGAGGUUAUUUUGAAUGAACCAGUGGAAAACUGGCCUUUAUGUGAUUGUCUUAUUUCUUUCCAUUCUAAAGGAUUUCCACUGGACAAAGCGGUUGCCUAUGCAAAACUCAGGAAUCCAUUUGUAAUCAAUGACUUGAAUAUGCAGUAUCUCAUACAAGAUAGGAGAGAAGUAUAUAGUAUUCUUCAAGCUGAAGGUAUUUUACUUCCUCGUUAUGCAAUUUUGAACCGUGACCCAAAUAAUCCCAAAGAAUGUAAUCUGAUUGAAGGGGAAGAUCAUGUAGAAGUAAAUGGGGAAGUUUUUCAAAAGCCAUUUGUAGAAAAGCCAGUCAGUGCAGAAGAUCACAAUGUUUACAUUUAUUACCCAACUUCUGCUGGUGGUGGAAGUCAAAGACUCUUUAGAAAGAUUGGCAGUAGAAGUAGUGUUUAUUCUCCAGAAAGCAAUGUACGAAAAACAGGCUCAUAUAUAUAUGAAGAGUUUAUGCCCACAGAUGGUACUGAUGUUAAGGUUUAUACAGUGGGUCCAGAUUAUGCCCAUGCUGAAGCUCGAAAAUCUCCAGCACUUGAUGGCAAGGUGGAACGAGACAGUGAAGGAAAAGAAGUAAGAUACCCUGUUAUUCUCAAUGCACGAGAGAAAUUAAUUGCUUGGAAAGUCUGCCUUGCUUUUAAGCAAACAGUUUGUGGCUUUGAUUUGUUACGGGCCAAUGGACAGUCCUAUGUCUGUGAUGUCAAUGGCUUCAGUUUUGUGAAAAAUUCCAUGAAGUAUUAUGAUGACUGUGCAAAAAUACUUGGAAAUAUUGUAAUGCGAGAACUUGCUCCACAAUUUCAUAUUCCAUGGUCAAUACCCUUAGAAGCUGAAGAUAUCCCAAUUGUACCAACUACAUCUGGAACUAUGAUGGAACUUAGAUGUGUCAUAGCUGUUAUACGUCAUGGGGAUCGAACACCAAAACAAAAAAUGAAAAUGGAAGUGAGACAUCAGAAAUUUUUUGAUCUUUUUGAAAAGUGUGAUGGAUAUAAAUCAGGGAAAUUAAAACUCAAAAAACCAAAACAGUUACAGGCAAUGCUAGAUAUUGCACGACAGCUUCUUAUGGAGCUAGGGCAAAAUAAUGAUUCUGAAAUUGAAGAAAACAAGCCAAAACUUGAACAACUUAAGACUGUAUUAGAGAUGUAUGGUCAUUUUUCUGGAAUAAAUCGUAAGGUUCAGUUGACCUAUCUCCCUCAUGGUUGUCCUAAAACAUCUAGUGAAGAGGAGGACAGCCGAAGAGAAGAACCAUCUUUACUUUUGGUUCUAAAAUGGGGAGGUGAAUUAACUCCUGCAGGCAGGGUCCAGGCUGAAGAACUUGGAAGAGCCUUCAGGUGUAUGUAUCCUGGAGGUCAAGGAGAUUAUGCAGGAUUUCCUGGUUGUGGUUUACUUAGAUUACAUAGCACCUACAGACAUGACCUCAAAAUAUAUGCCUCUGAUGAAGGACGAGUCCAGAUGACUGCAGCUGCUUUUGCAAAGGGGCUUUUAGCUUUGGAAGGAGAGCUUACACCCAUUCUUGUUCAAAUGGUGAAAAGUGCAAAUAUGAACGGUCUUUUGGAUAGUGAUAGUGACUCUCUGAGCAGUUGUCAGCAACGUGUGAAGGCAAGGCUUCAUGAAAUACUUCAGAAAGACAGAGAUUUUACUGCUGAAGAUUAUGAAAAGCUUACUCCAUCUGGAAGCAUUUCUCUUAUCAAAUCAAUGCAUUUAAUUAAAAACCCUGUGAAGACCUGUGAUAAAGUUUAUUCCUUAAUUCAGAGUUUGACUUCUCAAAUCAGACAUCGAAUGGAAGAUCCUAAAUCAUCAGAUAUUCAGCUUUACCAUAGUGAAACAUUGGAGCUUAUGCUACGUAGAUGGUCCAAGUUAGAGAAAGACUUUAAAACAAAGAAUGGAAGAUAUGAUAUUAGUAAAAUCCCUGACAUAUAUGACUGUAUAAAAUAUGAUGUCCAGCAUAAUGGUUCCUUGAAAUUAGAAAACACAAUGGAAUUAUAUAGGCUUUCGAAGGCAUUAGCAGAUAUUGUUAUCCCUCAGGAAUAUGGUAUAACUAAAGCUGAAAAACUGGAGAUUGCCAAAGGCUACUGUACUCCUCUGGUUAGAAAAAUUCGCUCAGACCUUCAGAGGACACAAGAUGAUGACACUGUAAAUAAACUUCAUCCUGUGUAUUCUAGAGGUGUUCUGUCUCCUGAACGUCAUGUUCGUACUAGAUUAUAUUUUACCAGUGAAAGUCAUGUACAUUCUUUGCUGUCUAUUCUUCGCUAUGGUGCCUUAUGCAAUACCAAUGAUUCUCAGAAUGAAGAUGGAGGAAUGGUGAAGGAGAUGGAAUCAAAGGAUGAACAGUGGAAACGAGCUAUGGAUUAUUUAAACGUUGUCAAUGAGCUCAACUACAUGACUCAGAUUGUUAUCAUGCUUUAUGAGGAUCCUAAUAAGGAUCUUUCCUCAGAAGAACGCUUUCAUGUUGAAUUACACUUUAGUCCGGGAGCCAAAGGUUGUGAAGAAGACAAAAAUUUGCCAUCUGGCUAUGGAUAUAGACCAGCUUCCAGAGAGAAUGAAGGCAGGAGACCUUUUAAAAUUGAUAAUGAUGAUGAACCACAUACUUCUAAAAGAGAUGAAGUUGAUCGAGCUGUGAUAUUGUUUAAACCAAUGGUAUCAGAGCCAAUUCAUAUACACAGGAAGUCUCCACUUCCAAGAUCUAGGAAGAUGGCUACAAAUGAUGAAGAGAGCCCCCUGAGUGUGUCUAGCCCAGAGGGUACUGGUACCUGGCUGCAUUAUACCAGUGGUGUGGGUACUGGGCGUCGAAGACGCAGAUCAGGGGAACAAAUCACUUCUUCCCCUGUCUCCCCCAAAUCAUUGGCUUUCACAUCCAGUAUUUUUGGCUCAUGGCAACAGGUUGUAUCUGAAAAUGCUAAUUACCUGCGAACACCGAGAACUCUUGUGGAACAGAAGCAGAAUCCUACUGUAGGGUCUCACUGUGCGGGCCUGUUUAGCACCUCGGUGCUCGGGGGUUCUUCAAGCGCACCUAACCUACAGGAUUAUGCUCGUACUCAUCGUAAAAAGCUGACCUCUUCUGGCUGCAUAGAUGACGCCACACGCGGUUCUGCUGUUAAAAGGUUUUCUAUCUCAUUUGCUCGACACCCAACCAAUGAACACCUACACCUCUAUAGGUGCUGGUCCGUUUCCUCUGUGGAAUUUCUAGGCUCCAGUGGCUUUGAAUUGUAUUCCAUGGUGCCAUCUAUUUGUCCUCUAGAAACUCUUCAUAAUGCCCUAUCUUUAAAGCAAGUGGAUGAAUUUCUUGCUUCCAUUGCUUCUCCAUCAUCUGACGUUCCACGGAAGACCGCUGAAAUUUCCUCUACAGCUUUACGUUCCAGUCCAAUAAUGAGAAAAAAAGUAUCUUUAAAUACGUAUACACCUGCAAAGAUCCUCCCAACACCACCAGCUACCUUAAAGAGCACUAAAGCAAGCAGCAAACCAGCUACAAGUGGACCUUCUAGUGCAGUUGUUCCUAAUACCUCAUCUCGGAAAAAGAAUAUAACUAGCAAAACAGAAACGCAUGAACACAAAAAAAACACUGGGAAAAAGAAAUGAAAUCUUAGCAGAAGCUGGAACUUUUUAUACUUAUAAAAAUAGUAUGUUCUUAUGUCUCUCCUUAUGCAUUUAUGUGUUCACUUAAAAAUGUUUUUAAAUCUAAGGGUUUCUUUGUUUAUGUUCAGGUAAGGAACUGUUGUCAUGAUCUGGAAAUGUUUAAAACAAUGUUUGUUAGCAUUCUGUGAGCAGCAAAACUUAUAGUGAUAAAAAUCGAUUGUUGUUAAUAUGAUAUUUACCAUGUGCACAUAGUAAUGAAAAGGAACAUAAAAGCCCAGCAGGCUCGUACCAAAGUCACACCAGUAAUGCUAUGUACUGCAGAGUCUGAUGAGCUGGCCUUUGUGCACACUUUUAUUUUCAUGGGAUUGCAUCUUAGCUGUUAAAACUUCUGGAUUGAAAUUUGACAGCCAGGGUUACAUAUUGGGGACUUUUAAAGUGUCUUUCCAAAGAGAUUUCAUUAACCGUUUAGAUUAGAAUAUCUUUCCCAAUUGUUACAGUGACAUAUAUGCUGCAAUAUUUAACAACUGGAGUAUUAGCCACAUGGAUUAUUUUUUCAAUCUGUGUUUUGAAUUUUUUUAUUGUGUGUUAUUUAAAAUAUUACAUAUGUAGCUGGGAGAACUACACCUUUGUGCACAUAAAUUUAUAUAUUAAUUUGUAGAAAAUAUUUUCUUUAUAUAUUUCCUUACCAUACAAGGUGCCUUGUUCAUCAGGAAAACUUUUGUUUCGUAUUUUGACAAGAAAGGCACCUUUAGAGUUUCUUUUUAAGUAUAGUUGACAAGUGUAUAAAUGUUACACUUACUUUCAGAGUUCUUUUUAGAUCUAAAGAAGUCAGUUCAAAAAUGGAAAUCAACAAUGUUAGGAGAAAUCUGAAUUCUGUUAAGUUAGUAAGUAUUAUGAAUAGCAUCUGUUUUUAACCAUUUCCAUUCUUAUCCCUAGUGUAUCAGUUGAUCACACUAAGAAAGCUUAAAGAUUGAGCAUUUGAAAUAAAUGCUCUUUAUAAAUGAUUAGAUUUUUGAAGGGAUAUUGAAAUCAUUGUGCUGUGAUUUCAUCUGUGAUGUGAAAAGUCAAUUUAUUAUCCUUGGUGCUUUCCCCCCAACCAAUGCACAAAUAAUUGUGAACAACUUGAAAUGACUUAAACUGUAAUCCAAAUGGGACAAUCUGAUAAGAAUUUCAUGCAUUGGUAGUUAAAUAACUUAAAUUGCUAAAGCUUUAGCUUGAAAUUUAUGUUUAGAAAAACUAUUGAUUUCCCAUGGUAUGCAUAUAACUAUUGUAAUUCUUCAAAUGAGACUCUUCUCACCUUAAAUAGUCAUAUAUUAAUUAACUUAUAGGAAAUAAGCAUACUAUAUGUUAGCUGUUUUAAAAGGUACCAGAUGUAAGAGUCAUAAAUAUAUGCAAUUAAAGAAGUUCGUAUAUUUCACAUGAAUGUAAAUGUGUUAUAUGGAGACAUGUCUUGUAAACAGUUGAAUGUAUGUAAGUUUUCUGUUUGUGAAAAUGUAGUUAAUGUACUCACUGUGGAGGUAAUAAGGAAACUACUUUUUUUAAAAAGUGGAACCUAAUUAAAAUAUUUCCAGAAUCAAA